GUGACGGGCCGUAGGUGCCACCUCGGACGGCCCAGGGGACUCAGCCCAGCCCCCGGAGGGACGGUCCCUGGGGGAGGGGUUCCCGGCCCCCCUCUCCGCCCCAGCCCCGCGCGGCGGGCGCGCAGACUCCGGCCGCCCGGGGUCCCACGCGUGCGCCCCGCGCCCCCCGCCGGCCCCACCCCGGCGGCCGCAGAGUCCGGGGCGGGCCAGGCCCUCCUUCCGCCCCCCUGGCCCGAGAGCUGGAGCCCCGGGCGGCGCCGCGCCCAGGGGCGGACCCCAAACUUUCCUCCCACUCAAAAGCGGCGGCGGGCGGCCCGCAGCCCGCUCCGCCCUCGCCCUGCCUCAGCUCCUGGGCCGCUAGACCCGCUCGCCGCGCUGCCCGCCGCCGCCGCCGCCGCCGCCAUGGCCAAGCCCCUGACCGACCAGGAGAAGCGGCGGCAGAUCAGCAUCCGCGGCAUCGUGGGCGUGGAGAACGUGGCGGAGCUGAAGAAGGGCUUCAACCGCCACCUGCACUUCACGCUGGUCAAGGACCGCAACGUGGCCACCCCCCGCGACUACUUCUUCGCGCUGGCGCACACGGUGCGCGACCACCUGGUGGGGCGCUGGAUCCGCACGCAGCAGUACUACUACGAGAAGUGCCCCAAGAGGGUUUAUUACCUCUCUUUGGAAUUUUACAUGGGCCGAACAUUACAGAAUACCAUGAUCAACCUUGGCCUGCAAAAUGCCUGUGAUGAGGCCAUUUACCAGCUUGGGUUGGAUAUGGAGGAGCUGGAAGAAAUCGAGGAGGACGCCGGGCUUGGCAAUGGUGGUCUUGGGAGGCUUGCCGCCUGCUUCCUGGAUUCCAUGGCAACCCUGGGACUUGCAGCCUAUGGAUAUGGCAUCCGAUAUGAAUAUGGAAUCUUCAAUCAGAAGAUCCAAGAUGGAUGGCAGGUGGAAGAGGCAGAUGAUUGGCUCAGACAUGGAAACCCCUGGGAGAAGGCCCGACCCGAGUUCAUGCUGCCCGUGCACUUCUAUGGAAAAGUAGAGCACACCACCACUGGGACCAAAUGGGUCGACACCCAGGUGGUCCUGGCUCUGCCAUAUGACACCCCAGUGCCUGGGUAUAUGAAUAACACCGUCAACACCAUGCGACUCUGGUCCGCUCGGGCGCCCAAUGACUUUAACCUCAGAGACUUUAAUGUUGGAGACUACAUUCAGGCUGUGCUGGACCGAAAUCUGGCCGAGAACAUCUCCCGGGUCCUCUAUCCCAAUGAUAAUUUUUUUGAAGGGAAGGAGCUGAGGUUGAAGCAGGAGUACUUUGUGGUGGCCGCGACCUUGCAGGAUGUCAUCCGACGUUUCAAAGCCUCCAAGUUUGGCUCCACGGACAGCGCCAAAACCGCGUUCGAUGCCUUUCCAGACCAGGUUGCCAUCCAGCUGAAUGACACGCACCCUUCACUCGCCAUCCCUGAGCUGAUGAGGAUUUUUGUGGAUAUUGAAAAACUGCCCUGGUCCAAGGCCUGGGAGAUCACCAAGAAGACCUUUGCAUACACCAACCACACGGUGCUCCCAGAGGCCCUGGAGCGCUGGCCUGUAGAGCUGGUGGAAAAGUUGCUUCCUCGACAUUUGCAGAUCAUUUACGAGAUAAAUCAGAAGCAUUUAGAUAGAAUUGCGGCCUUGUUUCCUAAAGAUGUCGACCGUCUGAGAAGGAUGUCUCUGAUAGAAGAGGAAGGAGGCAAAAGGAUCAACAUGGCCCAUCUCUGCAUUGUGGGCUCCCAUGCUGUGAAUGGCGUAGCUAAAAUUCACUCAGACAUUGUGAAGACCCAAGUAUUCAAGGACUUCAGUGAGUUAGAACCAGACAAAUUUCAGAAUAAAACCAAUGGGAUCACUCCGAGGCGCUGGCUCUUACUCUGCAACCCAGGGCUCGCAGAGUUAAUAGCAGAGAAAAUCGGGGAAGACUACGUGAAAGACUUGAGCCAGCUGACGAAGCUGCGAGGCUUCCUGGGUGAUGACGUCUUCCUCCGAGAAAUCGCCAACGUGAAGCAGGAGAACAAGCUGAAGUUUUCCCAGUUCCUGGAGAAGGAGUACAAAGUGAAGAUCAACCCCUCGUCCAUGUUCGACGUGCACGUGAAGCGGAUCCACGAGUACAAGCGGCAGCUCCUGAACUGCCUGCAUGUGGUCACCAUGUACAACCGCAUUAAGAAAGACCCCAAGAAGUUAUUCGUGCCCAGAACAGUCAUAAUCGGCGGCAAAGCUGCCCCAGGAUAUCACAUGGCCAAAAUGAUCAUAAAGCUCAUCACCUCCGUGGCAGAUGUGGUGAACAAUGACCCUGUGGUUGGAAGCAAGCUGAAAGUCAUCUUCUUGGAGAACUACAGAGUGUCUCUUGCUGAAAAAGUCAUCCCAGCCACAGACCUGUCGGAGCAAAUCUCCACUGCAGGCACUGAAGCCUCAGGGACAGGCAAUAUGAAAUUCAUGCUGAACGGGGCCCUGACCAUCGGGACCAUGGAUGGGGCCAACGUGGAAAUGGCAGAGGAAGCUGGGGAAGAGAACCUGUUCAUCUUUGGCAUGAGAGUAGAUGAUGUGGCCGCUUUGGACAAGAAAGGGUAUGAGGCAAAAGAAUAUUACGAGGCACUUCCAGAGCUGAAGCUGGCCAUUGACCAAAUUGACAAUGGCUUCUUCUCUCCCCAGCAGCCUGACCUCUUCAAAGAUGUAAUCAACAUGCUAUUUUAUUAUGACAGGUUUAAAGUCUUUGCAGACUAUGAAGCCUAUGUCAAGUGUCAAGAAAAAGUCAGCCAGCUGUACAUGAAUCCAAAGGCCUGGAACACAAUGGUACUCAAAAAUAUAGCUGCUGCAGGGAAAUUCUCUAGUGACCGAACAAUUAAGGAAUAUGCCAGGGACAUCUGGAACAUGGAGCCUUCAGAUCUCAAGAUUUCCCUAUCCAAUGAAUCUAGCAAUGGGGUGAACAAAGACAAUGGAAAGUAAGUUGUAAAACGUCUCGAGAAAAAAAAAAAAUAACUUCUUACUGGAUUUAAACCCUUUUACAACAUUCUUUGAUUCUUGUUUUAUUUUGUUAGCUAAUAAUCUGGUUAGGAAUUUCUGGGAAUUGGGAGGGCAAGUGUAUGACUGUAUUCGGGCUAAAAAUAAAGUAUCAAUUUACAAGGGCUA